GAAGACUCAUCAUAAUCACGUCUCUCUCUCUCUCUAGGGAUUUCUACUUCUAAAGAGAUCGAAGAAGAAAGAGAUUUUGUUCGUUUCGAGAUUUUGACCUCAGUCCCCCAAUGGCGUCAAACACGAGCAACGACAAUUUCCAGCAUAGACCACGGCAAAGAAACGGACCGCCUCCGCCGCGGCGACAAGGAAGAAACCCGCCGCCUCCUCCGUCUCGGAAUCAACCACAACAGCAGACGCCGCAGGAGAAGAGGAAACCGGUGUUCGUGAAGGUGGAUCAACUUAAACCAGGAACGAGCGGUCACACUUUGACUGUUAAAGUCGUCGAUCAGAAUUCCGUAACUAAGAAGCCUACUGGUGGAGGUGCUUCUUCUUCCUCUCAUCUCCGACCUGCUCGGAUCUCUGAGUGUCUCGUUGGUGAUGAGACUGCUUGUAUCCUCUUCACUGCUCGCAACGAUCAAGUGGACUUGAUGAAACCAGGAGCUACUGUGAAUAUCCGGAAUGCAAAGAUAGAUAUGUUCAAGGGAUCGAUGAGGCUUGCUGUUGACAAAUGGGGUCGCAUUGAAGUCACUGAACCGGUUGACAUAACUGUUAAAGAAGACAACAAUUUGUCUCUUGUGGAGUAUGAGCUCGUCAAUGUCGUUGAGGAAUGAUCAUCUCUAACCACCCCCUUCAGUGUCUCUCUUAAUAGGUAAUAUAUAUCAAGUGCGCCACAAUGAAUUUUGUUUUGCUACCGCGCGUGGUGUAUUAUUUUUUAUCUUUUAUGAUGUCGGCAAGUUUGCUACUAUUUUUUAUCUACCGGUUGUAUUUUAUCUCGAUCUCGGGUUUUGAUGCGCACGAUCGGUAUGUAUGUACUCUUUUGAGUUUUUGGAUGCUUUUGUUUGGUCCUUGAACAGAAUGUUAAUGGAAAAAAAAACUUGGUAAAAAAGAUUUUUAUGUC